UCGCUGUCCCAAGGAAGCGAGGGAAGCCGAACUGCCCCGGGCAUCCCCUAUCUAGGUUGGGGGCCGGCGAAGGGCCCGGUAGGGCUGGGCCUGGGGCCGCACAGAGAUGUAGGCAGCCUUCCCGGCCCGUACAGAAAGAACCCCCUGUCCAGCCCAGCCAGGAGUUUACUCUUCGGGGCCCGCCCCCCCACUUCCUGGCCGAGGGUUGGCCCCGCCCCCGGGCGCCUCCGCCCUCCCACCUUCACCUUCAGUCGCGUGUCCCAUUGGCCGGAGCUCACCUGCUUGUCCGUCGAGGGGCGGGGCAGAGGGCGUGGCGCGGCGCCCAGGUGUGGGCGCGCAGGCGGCAGCGGAGGAAGGUGACAGCGGGGAGGGCGGGAGGGGUGGGGGGAGGACUCGCGGACGACCCGCGGACCGACAGACGGACGGGCCGACGGGCCGGCAUGCGAGCGGCCCGGCUCUAGCCCGGGCGCGGGGCUCCGGCCGCAGCCAUGGAGCGGCGGCUGCGCGCGCUGGAGCGGCUGGCGCGGGGCGAGGCCGGCGGUGGCCCCGGGCUCGACGGCCUCCUGGAUCUGCUGCUGGGGCUGCACCACGAGCUCAGCAGCGCCCCCCUCCGGCGGGAGCGCAACGUAGCGCAGUUCCUGAGCUGGGCCAGCCCCUUCGUAGCGAAGGUAAAAGAGCUGAGGCUGCAGAGAGAUGACUUCGAGAUCUUGAAGGUGAUCGGCCGAGGGGCCUUCGGGGAGGUCGCCGUGGUGAGGCAGAGGGACAGCGGGCAGAUUUUUGCCAUGAAAAUGCUGCACAAGUGGGAGAUGCUGAAGAGGGCUGAGACUGCCUGUUUCCGGGAGGAGCGGGACGUUCUGGUGAAGGGGGACAGCCGCUGGGUGACCGCUCUGCAUUACGCCUUCCAAGAUGACGAGUACCUGUACCUGGUGAUGGACUACUAUGCUGGGGGGGACCUCCUCACUCUGUUGAGCCGCUUUGAAGACCGCCUCCCACCCGAGCUGGCCCAGUUCUACCUGGCUGAGAUGGUGCUGGCCAUCCACUCUUUGCACCAGCUGGGCUACGUCCACAGGGAUGUCAAGCCGGACAAUGUCCUGCUGGACAUGAACGGUCACAUCCGCUUGGCUGACUUCGGCUCGUGUCUCCGGCUCAACAACAGCGGCAUGGUGGAUUCAUCAGUGGCGGUGGGGACACCGGACUACAUCUCCCCUGAGAUCCUGCAGGCCAUGGAGGAGGGCAAGGGCCACUACGGCCCACAGUGUGACUGGUGGUCUCUGGGCGUCUGUGCCUACGAGCUGCUCUUCGGGGAGACGCCCUUCUAUGCUGAAUCCCUCGUGGAAACCUACGGCAAGAUCAUGAACCACGAGGAUCACCUGCAGUUUCCCUCGGACAUGCCCGACGUGCCCGCCGCUGCCCGGGACCUGAUCCGCCAGCUGCUGUGCCGCCAAGAGGACCGGCUGGGCCGUGGGGGGCUGGAUGACUUCCGGAACCACCCCUUCUUUGAGGGCGUGGACUGGGAGCGCCUGGCAACCAGCACGGCCCCCUACAUCCCUGAGCUUCGUGGGCCCGUGGACACCUCCAACUUCGACGUGGAUGACGACACGCUCAACCAUCCGGGAACCCUCCCACCACCCUCCCAUGGGGCCUUCUCUGGCCACCACCUGCCAUUCGUGGGCUUCACCUACACCUCGGGAAGUCCGGACCCUGAGAGCAGUUCCGAGCAGUGGGCUGGCCUCGAGCGGCAGCUCCGUUGUCUGGAGCAGGAGAAGACGGAGCUGAGCCGGAAGCUCCAAGAGGCCCUGCAGUUCUCCUCAGACCAUCGGGAGCUGGAGAGGCUACGGAAGGAAGUGCAGACUCUACAGGGCAGGCUGUCAGAGACGCCGAGGGACAGCAAGGCCCAGACAGACGGUGGGAGCCUGGGCCAGGACGGCGAGCUACGGCAGGAGCGAGACGGGCUCGUCCAGGAGCUGGCCGAGGCUCAGGCGGGGCUGCGGGAGCAGGCUCAGGAGCUACGCAGAGCCCAGGAGCGGCAGGAGGAGCUGCUCCAGAGGCUGCGGGAGGCCCAGGAGAGAGAAGCGGCCACAGCCAGCCAGACCCAGACCCUGAGCUCCCAGCUGGAGGAAGCCCAGGAGAGCAGCAGGAAGUUACAGGCCCAGGUGGCUACCCUCUGCCGGGAGGUGACACAGCUCCAGAGACAGAGGGAACGAAGUCUUGAGAAGGACUCUUUCCGGGUCAAGACCAUCCACACUGCCUCUGAGACCAAUGGCACGGGGCUGCCGGAGGCCGGGCCUCAGGAAGCGCAGCUGAGGAAGGAGGUGGCGGCCCUGCGCGCGCAGCUAGAGCAGGCCCGUGGCCACGCGCUGAGUGGGAAGGAGGAGGCUCUGUGCCGGCUACAGGAAGAGAACCGGAGGCUGAGCCUCGAGCAGGAGCGGCUGGUGGAAGAGCUUGAACGGGAGCAGCAGAGCAAGCAGCAGCUGGAGGGUGAACGGCGGGAGACGGAGAGCAACUGGGAGGCCCAGAUCGCUGACAUCCUUAGCUGGGUGAACGACGAGAAGGUCUCAAGGGGCUACCUGCAGGCCCUGGCCACCAAGAUGGCCGAGGAGCUGGAGUCCUUGCGGAACGUGGGCACCCAGACGCUCCCUUCCCGGCCGCUGGACCACCAGUGGAAGGCACGGCGGCUGCAGAAGAUGGAGGCCUCGGCCAGGCUGGAGCUGCAGUCGGCGCUGGAGGCCGAGAUCCGGGCCAAGCAGAGCCUGCAGGAGCGGCUGACGCAGAUGCAGGAGGCCCAGCUGCAGGCCGAGAGCCGCCUGCAGGAGGCCCAGAAGCAGAACCAGGGCCUGCAGCAGGAGCUGGCUGCACUGCGAGAGGAGCUGGCGGCCCGCGGCUCAGGAGACACGAAGCCCUCAAACUCCCUGAUUCCCUUCCUGUCCCUCCGGAGCUCAGAGAAGGAGUCCACCAAGGAUGCUGGUCUCUCGGGAGAGGUCCCGAGGCCCGGUGUGGAGCCAGAGCUGAGGCCAGAGGGCCGCCGCAGCCUGCGCCUGGGGGCCGUGUUCCCCAAAGCUCCUGCUGCUCCCACCGCCCCUGCUGAAGGUCCUCCAGCAAAGCCUGGUUCGCAUGCGCUGCGACCCCGGACCUUUCCGUCCCCUACCAAGUGUCUCCGCUGCACCUCGCUGAUGCUGGGCCUGGGCCGCCAGGGCCUGGGCUGUGAUGCCUGUGGCUACUUCUGUCACUCAGCAUGUGCCCCCCAAGCCCCGCCCUGCCCCGUGCCCCCUGACCUCCUCCGCACGGCCCUGGGAGUGCACCCCGAAACGGGCACGGGCACAGCCUACGAGGGCUUCCUGUCGGUGCCGCGGCCCUCGGGCGUCCGGCGCGGCUGGCAGCGCGUGUUUGCUGCCCUCAGUGACUCCCGCCUGCUCCUGUUUGACGCCCCUGACCCACGGCUCAGCCCGGCCAGCGGGGCCCUCAUGCAGGCCCUGGAUCUGAGCUCCAUGGACCUCCCCAGGGACCCCCAGUUCUCAGCCACCCCGGUCCUGGCCUCUGAUGUCAUCCACGCCCAGUCCAGGGACCUGCCAUGCAUUUUUAGGGUGACGGCCUCCCAGCUGACCGUGCCGCCCGCCGUGUGCACCGUGCUGCUGCUGGCCGAGAGCGAGGCCGAGAGGGAGCGCUGGCUGCAGGUGCUGGGCGAACUGCAGCGCUUGCUGCUGGACACACGGCCAAGGCCAAGGCCUGUGUACACGCUGAAGGAAGCUUAUGACAACGGGCUGCCACUGCUGCCCCACGCACUCUGCGCCGCCAUCAUCGACCAGGACCGGCUCGCUCUGGGCACUGAGGAGGGCCUCUUUGUAAUCCACCUGCACAGCAACGACAUCUUCCAGGUGGGCGAGUGCCGGCGGGUGCAGCGGCUGGCUGUGAGCCCCGCGGCGGGCCUUCUGGUCGUGCUGUGCGGCCGCGGCCCCAGCGUGCGCCUCUUCGCCCUGGCCAAGCUGGAGAGCACAGAGGUGGUGGGUGCCAAGAUCCCUGAGUCUCGAGGCUGCCAGGCGCUGGCAGCCGGGCGCAUCCUGCAGGCCCGCACCCCUGUGCUCUGUGUAGCUGUCAAGCGCCAAGUGCUCUGCUACCAGCUGGGCCCGGGCCCAGGGCCCUGGCAGCGGCGCAUCCGGGAGCUGCAGGCACCAGCACCUGUGCAGAGCCUGGGGCUGCUGGGCGACCGGCUGUGCGUGGGAGCCGCUGGUGCCUUUGCCCUCUACCCGCUGCUCAACGAGGCUGCGCCCUUAGCGCUAGGGGCCGGUCUGGUGCCAGAGGAGCUGCCACCGUCCCGCGGGGGCCUGGGUGAGGCGCUGGGCGCCGUGGAGCUCAGCCUCAGUGAGUUCCUGCUGCUCUUCACCACCGCGGGGGUCUAUGUGGACAGCGCCGGCCGCAAGUCUCGCAUCCACGAGCUGCUGUGGCCAGCAGUGCCCACGGGCUGGGGCUAUGCAGCCCCCUACCUGACAGUGUUCAGCGAGAACUCCAUCGACGUGUUUGAUGUAAGGAAAGCAGAAUGGGUCCAGACGGUGCCACUCAAGAAGGUGCGACCCCUAAACCCGGAGGGCUCCCUGUUCCUCUUUGGCACGGAGAAGGUCCGCCUGACCUACCUCAGGAACCGGCUGGCAGAGAAGGACGAGUUCGACAUCCCCGACCUCACUGACAACAGCCGACGCCAGCUGUUCCGCACCAAGAGCAAGCGCCACUUUUUCUUUCGCGUGUCGGAAGAGCAGCGGCAGCAGCGGCGCAGGGAGAUGCUGAAGGACCCCUUUGUGCGCUCCAAGCUCAUCUCGCCGCCCACCAACUUCAACCACCUGGUGCACGUGGGCCCCACGGACGGGAAGCCCAGCGCCAGGGACCUGCCCCGGGCUCCAGAAGGGAAGGGCCGAGGCACGCGCAGCUCCGGCCCGCAGCGUCCCCACAGCUUCUCGGAGGCUUCGCGGCGCCCAGCCUCCGUGGGCAGUGACGGGCUUUCUGGAGACGCGGACGCCAUGAAGAGGAAGCCUUGGACAUCUCUGUCCAGCGAGUCCGUGUCCUGCCCCCAGGGAUCUCUGAGCCCCGCAGACUCCCUGAUACAGGUGUCAGAACGGCCCCGGAGCCUUCCCCCAGCCCCUGAAUCAGAGGGCUCCCCUUGACACCCUCUGCAGGGCCCACCCCGAUCCCAGGACCAAGAGACAGAAACGAGCAAAGAGCUUGAGGAAUGCCAUGCUCCGGCUGGCCCGGGAUGUGUGCAAAUUCGGACUCAGGGAGGGCCUGGGUCAGAGAGCGACUUGGAAGCUGGUCUGGGUACCCAGGACCCGGGGGGCCUGACUCCCAGCCCUUAUCCUGCCUUUCCCCUCUGCUCCCAGCCCCUGUCUGUGCUAGCUAUGGGAAUAGAAUGGCCCCCUUUCUGCCCUGGGGGCCCAUCUGCCCUGGAGUCCUGGGGCAAUUGUGCCAAAGCUCUCCUUUUCCGUGCCAAGCCUUAGAAAGCCUGCAAGCAAGAGUCAGGAUGAGGGGUAGAGAAGGACUGGGCCUUGGGAGCAAUGGGGGGGUCUUGACUGCGGACUGUCUAGACGGUAGGUGAGGCCACGUUGGGGUGUAUCGCAGUAUCUGCUCAGGGUCAAUGUAGGAAAGACAGAGUCUGAUCCAAAGGAAAGGAGAAUGGGGCGCCUGGCUGGCUCAGUCAGUAGAGCAUACGACUCUUGAUCUCAGGGUUGUGAGUUCAAGCCCCAUGUUGGGUGUAGAGAUUACUUAAAAAUUAAAAUAUAUUUUUUUUUCAAAGGGAAGGAGAAUAGGAACAGAGAAUGUAGAUGAGGGAGGAUGUAGGUGAAGGAAGUAGGAGAAGGUCGGGACGGAAAGGAAGUGAGGGCGGUGGUGUUAGUGACUGGCAGGAGGGGGUGGGGGCACCCAGAGGGGAGGGUUAGAGGAGGAGCAGUAGAGCCGAGGGGGGCCCGGAGGAGAACACUACUAAUAGGGGCCUUUCUCUGGGGAGGAGCUUGGCGGGGUUGGAGACAGAGAGGGGCCCUGUGAACCAACUGACCUUGUAUCUAAUCCGCCCAGGGGGAGAUCACUCCUAGACAGGGACAGGAUGGGGAGGGUAUUUAUAAAGGCUACUUGGUGGGAGAUGGCACCUGAUGGGGGCCGCUGGAGGGUCUCCAGGCACACUCUGGCCCCUCCCAGAAAGGGGGAGGUGGUCCUUUCUCUCAAAGCUUCAACCACCUGUGUAUUAGGGGAUCAUAGGAGGCAUUUUAUUAUUGAUCAUAGUCAUUAUUAUUGUUAUUAUAUUACUAUUUUUAUUAAACUUCCCUCUACUGACAAGUUGGGGGCAAAAUAAGUAUUUAUCUCUUCAAACGCCAUAUUCCCAGGAGGGACUGACCUUGAUGCUCUGUGAGUCAGUUGGAAACCAAUAAAGAUGACUUUUUAAGCUGC